CGUCAGUUGAUCGUCGUGUUUCAUGGUGUUCAGACCACAUGUUUACAGUGAGGAAAAUGUUAUUGUGCGUUUUCUGAAAAAUUGGAAGUAGAACCAAUAUUAAAGCAAAUAAUAAAAAAAACGAAAAGAGAAUUCACUCACAUCAAACAGAUAUUUUUUUCUUGCGUUCACAUUUAAAAAGCAACAUAAAUUUGGUGUUUAUGUAGUGUACCUGUCGGAUGAGAUAUAUAAUAUAUACGUAGUUAGAAGUGUGUAAACGACUGUAUAGUGUAAAAUUGUGUGCGGUUUUUCCGUGUGUUGAUUUUAAUGCUUGGGGGGCUAUACAUAAAUAGUACAUAAAUUUAUUCCUCAAUUGCAAUAUUUAUUUUUGGGAGUUUAUAAAUGAAUGUUCUACAAAACCGACGCACAGAGAUGAGGAUUAUCUGUUCUUCGGUUGGUAUUUGCGUGUUACUGGUGCCGUUUUUUGAUGGAAAUCAAAAGUGAUUGUUUAUAUGCGGUGAGGUGAAUGAAAGAAAAAACACAUUGUUAAUCAAAGCAGAGAAGAAAGAAACGAAGAAAAAAAACACGAAAAAUAGGAAAAAUCUUCUCUUUCAACAAAGUCGUUAAUAACAAAUCGAUUUUAUUGACUUGAAUUUCUUUGGAUUAUAUUUGCGGAGAUUUUAAACAACUGUUUGAAGAUAAAUUUCAUUUUCAUAAUUAAAGGAACGCAUUUUCAGAAUGGAUCUGAUAGGAAAAUGUUGUCUAGUACAGGAAAACGGUAGCACUGGAGGUUCAAUUUCGUCGGAAAAAAGUAAAAUGCUGGACAUUACACGCGAUAAACCGAUAAAAGUGGCCGUUCGAGUUGCGGUACCUGUUCGUGAUCAUCCCAAGUUUAAUUUCGUCGGAAAACUCUUGGGACCAAAGGGUAAUUCAAUGAAACGAUUACAAGAAGACACAAUGUGCAAAAUGGCUGUGCUUGGACGAGGUUCAAUGAAGGACCGAAAAAAGGAAGAGGAAUUACGUUUAAGUGGUGAUCCACGCUAUACACAUUUAUUCGAAGAUUUGCAUGUAGAAAUAUCAACGUUUGCCGCACCAGCUGAGGCAUAUGCCCGGAUUGCAUAUAGUUUGGCCGAAGUUCGACGAUUUCUAGUACCGGAUUAUCACGAUGACAUUCGACAGGAACAAAUGUGGGAAAUGCAAGCACUAAGCUCGACACAAAAUCAAAAUCUCGACACAAAUAACAGUAACAGCUCGACGCCAGAAAAUGGUAUCGUAUCUGAAACCGAUUCGGCCACAGAAUGUUCAGGUGGUAUGAUGUGCAACGAGAGUGGCAGUGAUUUAAAUUUAAACAAUAAUUCGCAUUUAGUACAUAAUAGUGAGGGAAAUGGUAGUGGUGCUAUGCAUAUGGAUUUGAGCCAUGCCACCAAUUUGUUGGGAAGUGGAAAUAGCUUGAUACCCACAACGGGCAUAUCGAAUGUAAGUGGUGGAAUGGCUCCGUGUCCACAAGCAACAGUUGUAGCCAUGCAAAGUGACGGCGACAAGGAAACAGUUUAUGUGGAUGCUAAUGGAGGUAUUUUGCAUCCGGCGUUAAGAGGAAUAAAGGCUGUUAAUAUUGCGGGAAGUUUAGCAAGGAAGAGGCCUUUACUAGGCGUACCUCGGUCAAGCAUGAAUCCAACUAAGAGAACCGUAAUGACGCUGCUAGCAAGAGCAAAAAAUGCGCAAGCAUUACACGGCAUACGAACUGGCGUUGCGAGUGGCAUUGACGAACCACUUCAUCAAAUGAUUACGUCACCGUUGAUAUUACAAUAACCCCACUAUUCCAAGGAAGGCAUAAUUUGUAAAAAGAAAAUAGGUAACUAAUUAUAACAAUAAUAUUAUUUAAAAAAUAAAAAAAUAAAAA